UGCCAUAAAAAGCCAAUUUCUCAUCUUCCUUCUUUCUCUCUUUCUUUCUUUGGCCUUCUUGUUUAAUUUGAUUAGCAAAUUAAUAUUGUAAUUAAGCUAAUUAAUUAGAGUUAUGGCAAUUGCUUUUGGAAGAUUUGAUGAUUCUUUCAGUUGGGCCUCAAUUAAGGCUUACAUUGCUGAGUUUAUCUCUACCUUGCUCUUUGUCUUUGCUGGAGUUGGCUCUUGCAUUGCUUUCGCCAAGUUGACAGAAGAUGCAGCCCUAAGCCCAUCAGGGUUAGUAGCAGUAGCAGUGUGCCAUGCAUUUGCCCUAUUUGUUGCAGUCUCAGUAGGUGCUAACAUCUCCGGCGGUCACGUCAACCCCGCCGUCACCUUCGGCUUGGCCCUCGGCGGUCAAAUCACCAUCCUCACCGGUAUUCUUUACUGGAUUGCCCAGUGUGCUGGUUCUGUUGCUGCUUGUUUCCUCCUCAAGGCUUCCACUGGUGGCUUGGCAACUCCAAUCCACAGUGUUGCAGCAGGAGUAGGAUCAAUUGAAGCAGUAGUAAUGGAGAUCAUCAUAACAUUUGCAUUGGUAUACACUGUCUAUGCAACUGCAGUUGACCCUAAGAAGGGUUCCAUUGGUACCAUUGCACCUAUUGCUAUUGGGUUCAUUGUUGGAGCCAACAUCUUAGCCGCCGGCCCGUUCUCUGGUGGUUCAAUGAACCCAGCCCGUUCAUUCGGCCCGGCUGUCGCUAGUCUUGACUUCUCGGACCACUGGGUCUACUGGGUUGGACCCCUUGUUGGUGGUGGUUUGGCUGGUCUUAUCUAUGGCAAUGUUUUCAUGCAAGAUGACCAUGCUCCUCUCUCAAAUGAGUACUAAAUUUGAGUUCUUUUAAUUUUAUUUGUGUGCAAAUCAAAGGUAGAAGUUUGCAAAAAUUUGUUUGCUAUAACUGCCUUUUUGUUUUCCAUUUCUUUUUUUUAAAAAGAAAUCUUGAUUUCAGGAUUUUGGUUUGUUCUUGUACAUCCAAUGUUCUAGUCAAUGAACCUUUUCUUUUCAUUUA